CAGAGAACCGCUGAGUGUGUAAGACUGUGUGUGUAGAGGAGAGUGAGAAAUUUGAAAAGAGUUAAAUAAACCCGCCAAAUUAAAAUUGGAAAACAGAAGCAUUGAGCUACUGAAACGAACAAUGUCAUUGUCACCGUUCCCGAGUUCGCAAGAACGAACAGUUGCUUCUGCUCUGCUUCUUCUCUCUGUCCCUCCUCCGUCUUCCUCUCCCUCUCUUUCUCCUACAAGGUUUGAUACUGAUCCCAGCGAUUCGACGCCAGAGAGAAGCAGAAACAAGAGUUGCAGAGAUGAUAGCUUCGUGUCGAGUGGUUCCAAGUCGUCGUCGUCGCCGCUCUUUGGCGAGGAUGGAUCCUCGGAGCAGAUCAUAGGUCGUAGGAUCAGGUUCUUCUCCGCCGUUGCUCGUUAUCGUCAGAUGAAGUUCAAGAUUGCGAGGAAGAGUCGAUCGAAGAUCACGUGGGUCUCCAACGAUGACCUCCCGAAACCAAACACCAGUAUGGCAUCGAAGUUGUCCGAUUAUACAGCUGACGCCUCCUCCUGUUUGUCAAGCGGUUCCAGCGGUACCUCUAGCGCGCGAAGCUUGCGCUAUAUAAAUCGAACCAAGCGCGGGAAAAUGGUUGGAAUGCUGAAACGCAAUCACGCGCAGCAUGCAAAGCAGAAGCACGUUGCCGGCUCCGCCUAUAUGCGCCGCCGAGCUGAAGCCAUUUUGAAGUUGCUUUCUGGUGGAGAUUCCUCUGAAGUGAGGAUCCGCCAACUCCUCGGCGACAGCCCUGACACCAGCAAAGCUCUCCGAAUGCUGCUGAGGCUGCAAGCGGUGAAAAGAUCAGGCUCAGGUGGGCGUCAUGACCCCUAUAUUUACAAGAUAGCAGAAUAAGGUUGUCAUAAUUAGCUAGACAGAAGCGGGCUGGCGGCUUAUAUAUCCACACACACACACACACACACACGUAUGUAGGUAGCCGUUCAAGGAUUAUCAUAUAUUCGCGAAGACUCAAGAAUGCCAACAUACAUACCAUACAAAAUAUACUAAAUCUCGGUAUAUUACGAAGCAUGGUUAUGAAUAGUAAUGUAG